AUGGACUCGAUAAAAGAGGGUGGUGAUAUAUUUGCUGUGCUAGCAGAUGAGGCUGUUGAUAAAAGCAAUAAUGAGCAACUGCCUCUGGUCCUAAGAUUUGUUGACAGUGAAAGACAGAUCAGGGAGGAGUUUGUAGGGUAUUAUGAAUGCCAGUCAGUUACAGGAGAGGCCAUUGCUGACAUAAUAAAAAAAGUUGUAUGUGACCUUGGACUUGACUUCAAUAAGUGUAUUGGCCAAGGAUAUGACGGGGCAGGGUAUAUGGCAGGAUCUUGCAAAGGUGCUGCUGCAAGGAUCAUGGCAGAUUAUCCCCUUGCUAAAUACUUCUUCCACUGUGCAGCUCAUAAGCUGAACUUAUGUGUAGUAAGUACCUGCAGUCAACAAAGUAUUAGAUACACAAUGGACACCUUGGGGGAAUUUGCAAGGUUUUUCAACUUCUCACCACCGUGCCAGAGCCUCCUUGGAGAUAAAGUGCAAGAGUCCUGCCCAAGAUCCAAGAGAGAAAAGUUGCUAGACAUCUGUGUCACGAGGUGGAUAGGCCACAGACAAGUAGAUGCUAUUGAGGGCUUUCUGGACCUAGCAGAGCCUGUCCUGGACACUCUGGAGACCAUUGCCAACAAUCACACCGGCAUUUUGAACUCUGACUCUAAAGCGAAGGCUAAUGGUUUAUACCAUACAAUAGCCACUUUCCAGUUCAUCUUUGCUGCUACUCUUCUGAGAGAGGUUAUGAGUCUGCUUAGAGGGUUAACAACUAAGCACUAG